GCCUUGCGAAUAAACGUUCCGCGCGUGUGGGUGCUGGGAGCCGCGUGGGGUCGGGACGCGUUUCCGGUGCCGGCGACAGCGGCCGGAGCUGAAGCCCAAGCAGCUGCAGGGGACCAUGGCCAACACCGAGCGCACCUUCAUUGCCAUCAAGCCCGACGGGGUUCAGCGGGGGCUUGUGGGAGAGAUCAUCAAACGUUUUGAGCAGAAGGGCUUCCGCCUCGUUAGUCUGAAAUUAAUGCAGGCAUCCGAAGACCUCCUCAGGGAACACUACAUCGACCUGAAGGACCGUCCGUUCUUUCCCGGCCUUGUGAAAUACAUGCACUCGGGACCCGUGGUCGCCAUGGUCUGGGAGGGGCUGAACGUGGUGAAGACAGGCCGAGUGAUGCUCGGGGAGACCAACCCUGCGGACUCCAAGCCGGGCACCAUCCGCGGGGACUUGUGCAUCCAGGUUGGCAGGAACAUCAUUCAUGGCAGCGAUUCUGUGGAGAGUGCCGAGAAGGAGAUCAGCCUGUGGUUUCAGCCCGAGGAGCUAGUGGAUUACAAGAGUUGUGCUCAGGACUGGAUCUACGAGUGACAGGAGGUGGAUGCCUUUCCCAGCCACUUCCCCUCCUUCCUGUGGAGAGAGGACCAGACUGUAGCAAACCUAGUUAUUUCCAGAAUUUCCUUAUAAUCUGGAGGGGAACUCUUGGAGCUGUGAGUGCUCCCUGUACAGUGUUAUGUGCUCCCAUCAGAUUAAAAUGUUUCAUCCCAAUGUA